CGUAAAUCAUAAUAAAUUUUGUUACAAAUUAUGCAGCAAAUUGCAAAUAUUCGUAACUGUUUGUAUCGGUACCACACGGCAAUCUUGGACUUUUUGAUGCUUUUAGAUUUCGAUGCGCGGUUUUUAUUUGCAAAAGAGCGAUACCAUGUUUUUGAGACCAAUGCGUCGCGUUGUCUUGUUACUACUUGUUGCAAUUUUAGGCAGGGCGGAUGGUGCUCCCGCAUCUCUAGAUUUAGGAGCCAUAAAGAAGUCUGCCGGGACAUUGUCAACACUGCCACCGUGGCAAGACAUACUGUGGCCACCCGCCACUAGCGAGGACGUCGAGACCGACGCCGAAGCCAACCGGCUGGCAGUCCCUUCCGCACUCAUUGGCCGCAUGCCCAGAUACGACUACAACUACUGGAACCACAGUGGAAACUGUGUCCCCUACGAAAUGCAUUCUGCAUUUGAUCCUGAGAUGCGCCAGCAGAUUGAAAUUGCCCUGACCGCCAUAGAACAGGCAACGCACGGCUGUAUCGGAUUCAAGCAGCGAGAGCAUCAGGAGGAAUAUAUUACGUUCAUUCGAUCUCGUGCAGCGUUAUGCACCGCUGAACUAGGAAGGACACCUAGUAAACCGACAAAGGUCAUUCUCGGAAAGGGAUGCAUGGGGAACGGCACGGUCAUGCAUGAAGUAAUCCACGCGCUGGGCUUCUACCAUGAACAUAGCCGUCCUGAUCGCAAUUUCUACGUGGAUGUGUUUCUGCACAACGCGCAGAAGGGUACAGACGAGCGUAAUUUUGACAUCCUCCAGGAUAUGCCGGUAUUUAACCUGCCGUACGACUAUGAAUCCAUAAUGCACUAUGCACCCACGGAUUUUGCCUUCAAUGCCCAGCAGAGAGUGAUCGUGCCGAAGAUCCAUGCACCGCUGAAUAUUGGCCAUCGCCAGCAGCUGAGCAUGCUGGAUGUCUUACGACUCAAAAUCGCCUACGGAUGCCUAGACGAGAACCUGGCACCCGUCAGCAAGAAACUGUCUAAUCCAUGCAGCACAGAAUCAUCCAGAGAAGACGAACAGCCGGAACUGAUGGCGAGUACCGUUCGCAGUGCAUUGGCGUACUUAUCGAACAAAGAGCAAGUGGACCCGACCAGAGAUUCAAACAGAGAUUUCAGAAACCAGCGGAUGGAGGUAGUUGCGUCGGAGUCGUUAUCGUGGUUCUCCAACAAACCAAUGACGAAAGACCAGUGUGCCGCCCAGUUCACGCACAAGUGUUGGCCCAUGCAACAAGACGUGGCCACCUGCGCAAGAUUCUGGGGUCUUGAGCUGAACUGCGAUUCCUCGUUAACCCUCGCUGAGAUGCAGCACAUUAUCGGGGUCCUAUCAAAACCCCCAAUUCGUCCGGUGCGUGUACAGUUGUACGAUGGACCGCUGAUCACAAGCAAGAAUUUUGCAUCCCUACAGAAGCGUGUGGUUCAGUUUACCUUGAAGAUCUGUGUCAACGGGCGCACGUCCGGCAAGCUAACGGAACUGAGCUUCACCGAACUCCGAGAAUUUCGCUUGCAUUCCUGCUACGACUUAGAAAUUAAACAUGCUGAUUUUAAACAGUCGGGGAAUCUACAGAUAAUCAUCUUCGAGGAAUCAACGAUUUUGUCAAUUGAAAGGUUGACAUUUACGGACCUCCUGCAUCUGCGAAUUCUCUCCCUGGAAUUCGGACCGCUGAAACUGUUGAAUUCCGAUGAUCGCUUCCGCACGCACGUCGAAUCCCUCCACUGUCACUGUCGGUUUUCCUGGUUUCGACGGUGGUUGAAGGUUGACAACAAGUUAUUGUGGAAAACGGAGCCCGGGGCGAUUUAUAAGCUGAAGAAAGCGUUUCGUAAUACUGGCUUUACAAAAAGGGAUCUGUAUUUCCCCGUAGACUGUAACAAGCACAUUCCAUUAAAUGCCUCUCUCGUUAAUUUCGAUGAGUCAGAGUACUCUCUUCAUGAUACCUAUUGCCGUGACAAUUAACUUCUCCGAUAUGCAGCAUCUAAUAAUCCGAUAACAAAUUGAUGGUGUUGAGGCUGAACGUCUUUUAUUAUUAUU